AUGUUAGAUGGGAUACCCAAAUAUCUUGGAAAUCUCUGUAGUUUGACAUCGUUAUACUUCUAUAAGAACUCUGCAGUUGUCAAUUUUACAGAUUUUCUAAAUAACUUGUCUGGAUGCACAUCGGGUACAUUGCGAGAUUUGUAUGCUGACUCUAGCCAAYUUAYAGGRYCAYUGYCYGACSAGAUCCAARARWUUUCAUCCCUAGAAKAUUUGKACCUAYCUYAUAAUCACUUAAAUGGGACUAUGAGUGAAAAGSUGUGGGAACUACCCAAUCUUCAAGGUCUAKAUGUCUCUUCCAAUUCUCUUGUUAUCACUCCAAACAUUGGAAAGUCAAAGGUUUCGUAUAUAGAUCUUUCAAACAACUCASUUGUAGUGAUUCCUUCCAAAGCUCAUUUCUCAAACCUUUAUUAUGUAGAGUAUAUUGAUUUGAGUGCUUGCAAUCUAGGGCCUCUCUUCCCCAAAUGGAUUCAAGCACACAAAAAUCUUAACCAUCUUGAUAUCUCCAAUAACAGAAUUUCGGGUACAAUUCCGAUCGAGUUUUGGAAGACAUGGCCUUCACAAUUGACAUAUUUGGAUCUCUCUUCCAACAACUUCAACGGGAAAAUAUCAGAUUUAUCAUCAAAUUUUGGCCCCAUGGCAAUGAUAGAUUUGAGUUCCAAYAACUUCURUGGGCCAMUAYCGAAUGUUCCUUMCRCUUUGRCAUGGUUGAAUCUUUCCAAAAAYAAAUUCWAUGGUGGWAUCUCCUUYWURUGCCAAAUUGUUGACGRGUUUUUGKYWUUUCUUGACCUCUCCCACAACUCUYUAACCGGGCAACUUCCUGAYUGUUUGUGGCAUUUCAAARMRCUAAGAGUUCUUAAUYUAGGACAYAACAAUCUUUCUGGAAGGCUUCCUGCUUCUAUAGGAUAUUYGAUUSAACUYGAGGUAUUGGAUUUAUACAACAACAACUUUUCAGGRGAAUUKCCUAUGGCUUUGAAGAAUUGCACMWRGUUAARUUUUUUGAAUUUGGGGGCCAACAAGAUUUYUGGUAAUGUGCCUGUUUGGAUUGGGGAAAACUUAABAKGGUUGUAUGGUCUUAUCCUARGAUCAAAYAACUUGUUYGGAYCCAUUCCUUUACAACUAUGUCAUCUCAUGUACCUUCAAAUCCUAGACUUGUCAAUCAACAACCUCAACGGAACCAUUCCAUCAUGCGUGAAUAACUUGAGUGCCAUKGUUGAYGGAAGGYUCUUGCAAUAUAACAUUCAUAKGUWURGGGRRAACAUGAGUUUCGUKGGUAYUUAUGUUGACAAHGCRAUGAUCGRGUGGCAAGGAAAGGAACAGGAAUUCACCAAWAAUCURGGAUUAUUGACGAGCAUUGAUUUUUCAAGCAACAACUUAACGGGACAAAUCCCAAAUGAAUURGUYGAWCUUCAURAACUGSUUGYACUGAAYUUGUCAAWGAACGCUCUWCUUGGAGAGAUUCCACRAAAAAUUGGUGUSAUGAAMGAACUUUUAACUUUGGAUYUAUCUAGAAAUAAAUUUUCAGGAGGGAUGCCAUCAAGCAUGUCUAAAAUGACUUUGUUAAGUUACCUAGACGUGUCAUAUAAUAAGUUGUCAGGGAGAAUUCCAUCUAGCACUCAACUCCAGUCCUUUGAACCUUCAAGGUACACCGGAAAUGCAGGACUAUGUGGACYUCCCCUUGCAAAAAGUUGUCCUGGAGAUGAAGUACCACCUAUUGUUGGUGAACGUAAGAGUGGUGAGGAAGACAUAGAUGAACUUCAAAGAUGGUUUUACAUUGGUGGGUGCACCGGAUUUGSUAUUGGAUUUUGGAUAGCAUGUGGUGCUUUACUUCUCAACCGUCACGGGAGACGUGUUUUUUUUCACUUUGUUGAUAGCUUGAAAGAUUGGGUUUACGUGAAGGGGGUGGUGUUCAUUCGAAAAUUGCRCAGGUUUGCAUAUACAUAG